AUGGGUCGUGGUCCGAAGAAGCACCAAAAGCGUCUGUCAGCGCCAUCACACUGGCUGCUUGACAAGCUCAGCGGUGCCUAUGCACCAAAGGCCUCGCCAGGUCCGCACAAGUUGCGCGACUGCAUGCCAUUGGUCGUCUUCAUCCGCAACCGUCUGAAGUACGCCCUCAACACCCGCGAGACCAAGGCGAUUGUCAUGCAGCGCCUGAUCAAGGUCGAUGGCAAGGUCCGCACCGAUCCCACCUACCCAGCCGGCUUCAUGGACGUCAUCUCCAUCGAGAAGACUGGCGAGAACUUCCGCCUCGUCUACGACACCAAGGGCCGUUUCACCGUCCACCGCAUCACCACCGAAGAGGCGGAGUACAAGCUGGGCAAGGUCAAGCGAGUUCAGCUCGGCAAGGGUGGAAUUCCAUUCCUGGUUACGCAUGACGCGCGCACUAUCCGAUACCCAGACCCAGCCGUCCGGGUCAACGACACCGUCAAGAUCAACCUCUCGACUGGCAAGAUUGAGGACUUCAUCCGCUUCGACACUGGUGUGAUCGCCAUGGCCACCGGUGGUCGCAACAUGGGUCGUGUCGGUGUCAUCACCCACCGUGAGCGCCACGACGGAGGUUUCAACAUCGUGCACAUCAAGGACGCCAUCGACAACGAGUUCGCUACUCGUGAGUCCAACGUCUUCGUCAUCGGCCGUGAGAAGCCAUGGAUCUCGCUUCCAAAGGGCAAGGGUGUCAAGCUCAGCAUUGCCGAGGAGAGAGAUCGCAGACGCGCCUACGCUCUUGCUGGCAACUAA